CAGCUAAUAUCUGGAGCUGACGUUUUCACUACAAAAUCCGCACUAAAGUCGCCAUAAAAAUGUGUGUGAAAGCAGCCUCAGCGCAUGGGACAGAAUCUCCACAUGUGAACAGAGAACAGGGAGGGCCCUAGGACCCAGCGGAGUGGGAGACACACCUGCUGCCACAUAUCAGGGAAACACAGAAAGUAGACGAGUGAUAGCGCCCGAGACGACGGGUGAGUGAGAGCCCGCGGGUCAGAAGACUUCUGUGUGUGAUGAGCCCAGCCGAGACACUUGUGGCCGUCAGCAGAGUUCUAACGGAGGAGCCGCGGACGUGUGACGGAGGAGGGCACAGUUCCCCAUCACUUUUCAGCCGCGAUGGAGGCUUUCUCCGAGGCUCCUCACCCCGCACCAGAAAAUGGAGGCUACGUGUCGGUGCGGUCCCGCACUCACCCGCCGCUCAGCAUCCUGACGUCCACGCUGCUCUUCUGCGCCGAGACGGUGGCCGCCUGCGUCCUGGCCGCGGAGUACGGGCGCACGGAGGACACCGUGUGGAUGGCGCUCACCAUCGUCUUCAUGCUGGUUCCGUCCAUCAUGGUCCAGCUGACCCUGACCUUCAUCCACCGGGACCUGGGUAGAGACCGACCCCUCAUCCUUCUCAUGCACUUGCUGCAGCUCGGGCCGAUCAUCAGAUGCGUGGAAGCCCUAAUAAUAUACUGCCGGGUGGGCCGUGAGGAAGAGCCAUAUGUAAGCAUCUCUCGCAAAAAACAUUUACGUGGCUGGGGGGAGUCCGAAGAAGAAGAACGAGAAGUAGGACAUUCAUUGAGAAGAUUGGCUACACAUCGUAAUGCUUUUAAGCGCACAGCUGUAAUUCAGGCUUUCCUUGGCUCGACCCCACAGCUGACACUUCAGCUCUACGUCUGUGUCUUGCAGAGACAUGUCCCAGUAGCACGAGCAGUCCUCAUGGCCAUGUCUCUGAUGUCAACCACCUAUGGUGCCUUGGUUCUGAAUGUUUUAGCCAUCCAGAUCAAAUAUGAUGACUAUAAGGUGCUUCUGAGUGUACCUGCCUUCAUCUGCGUCAUCGUGUGGAGGUGCCUGGAGAUUGCCACUCGCGUUACUGUGCUGGUGUUGUUCUGUUCAGCACUCAAGGCCUGGGUGGCAGCUGUGGCAUUGGUGAACUUGAUUGCCCUCUUCCUGUUACCAUGGGUCUGCUUUUGGAAGAGUGGGUCCAGCCUUCCAGAGAAUGUGGAAAAGAAUUUUAGCUGGUUUGGCACAGUGACUGUUUUGGGCACCGUCACUUUGCUAUACUCUGCAAUCAACAUGUUUUGCUGGUCCGCAGUCCAGCUCAACUUAAGUGAAAGGGACUUAAUAGAUCAGUCUCAGAACUGGGGAAGACUGAGCAUACAUUAUACCUUAAGACUGCUUGAGAAUGCAGCCCUUAUUUUAUUAUGGUAUUUUUUCAAAGAGGACGGGUUUGAGUAUUUUUGUUCCCCGUUACUUGUGGUCCAGCUGUUGGUCGGCUACUGUGCUUCAGUUUCAUUCAUGCUCCUGUUCUACCAGUACUUUCAUCCUUGCCGAUCUCUUUUCAGCCACAAUGUUUCAGACUUUAUUUUGUGCGUUUGCCUAAGAAGAAGAACGCCAAAACACAUACGUGUUGAAGGAGUAGAGACCGAUGUGUGAUGGAGACACAUAAAUGAGCGACCUACUGUGUUCUCUUGCUCUCUUAUGUUGAAUUCUGAUUAUAACUGGGAAAGAGAACCACCUUACUGUAUUCACAGUUCUCCGCGCAAUCCUGAAGGCACCUACCUGUACGUUUUAACCAGAGUUGUUCCUUGCAGGCGAUGUUGGCUGGAACACCUACUGUAAUAAGUCACAUCUUCAGUACAUUAUUUGCAUUGCUGCCUAUAGCAUCAAAGCACAGUGCAGCUUUCAAUGAUCAGUGCAGUCUAAGGAAUGACCCACAUAUCAUGUAAAUAACUGCAAAUCAGUUGUGUACAUCUAUAUGAGGUUAUUAUUGCAUGGAUUUCUGCUAGUUCUGUUCAAAUGAAGGGAAUCUUAGAAAAAGUGACUGUGAAGGUACCCUAAAGUUGUCAUUUCAAAAACACAUUUUCAAAUACUCUAAGGUUAAGUUCACACUUGUUGGAUUCUGCUGCAGAUGUGCAGUUUGAUGUGUUGCGGAUCCGCAGGUGUCCUGAGCAUGUGAAUUCUUAGAGAAUUCUUGAGACGAUGGACCCCCUUCUAUUAGCCAAAGCAGAAAACUGAUCCCAUGAGCGCCUGUGGCAGCUUUACAUGUACAGUGCAAUGUUCAGCAUCCCUGCAGCACUUCUACCAUGUUCCUUCAGAGAUUGUAGUGGAUUUCUGGGGGUCUGAGCAACGAGACACUGAGUGAUCAGCUUAUCAGAGGACCCUUUAAACAGCACCGACUGGUGGUUUUAAGCAACAACACCAGUUUUUUGAUAAAUGAGGUACACUGUUACCUUUUAAAUUUGAUUACACAGCAUCCAAAAUAUUGUAUCAUUGCAGCAUUCAGAUUGGAAAGUAAAGUCACAAGGAUCUGUAAUUGCC